AUGGAGCGCUCCGUCCACCCGCUCCUCUCCCGCCUGGACCCUGUCCUGUAUGUAGAUUUUUUUCAACUUCUGAAGCCAUAUGCACUGAAAGAGGACUUGGCUGUGUUUGUGAGGCCGUGGAUGUGCGAUAUGUGGUUGGCUCUUUUUAGCAUGGGCAAAAAGCCUAUGAUCAGCCUCAAGAUCUCUGGAACCUCCAGGUGCGUCUCAAGCUCCGUCCUGCAAGGCCCCAAGCUCAGCUCAGCUCCGAAAGAGCCAGACAGAAGCUCUGAGCUCUGA